AUGGCCUUAGUAUCAGAGAAAAGACAACUACUACCCAACAUAUCAGAAUUAAAAGCCGAAUACUUAAGAAAACUCAACGAAUUAGAGCUAGAAAAAGAAGAAGCAGAAUAUUAUCAACGAAGCUACAAGCGUAAGCUUGAAAAGCUUAAUCAAGAAAAACGGAAUUAUCAUACCAAAAUAACAGAGCUCGUUCUAAAAAUGACACCAAACCAAACAGAAGAAUCCAGCAGCGAUAAGUCUUUCGAGUUUGAAGACUGUUCUAUCCCUUUUCAAAAUAUCGAAAGCGAACCAAAAGAGGAUCUCCAAGAAAAGGAAGAGCAAGAGCAAUUAGCAAAAGAGCGAGAAGCUUUAAAAGUCCUAAAAGAGCAAUUAGAGCAAGAUUUAUCCAAGCUUCGCAGAGAAAAGCACAAAUUUUCUGUCCAAAAAAGAAUUUCUAUGCAGUCACAAAAUAAAAUUGCUGAUUCCAAUAAGCCGAUAGAAAUCACCAGAAAUAAAAUUCUCACUCCCACCCUCCUAAGCGAACAAGAUUUUUUUGUUCGCUCACGAGGGGGGUAAUUUUUUUUUUUAAAAAAUUUAUAUAUAAAUUUUAUAGAAAAUUUUUUUUUUCGAAAUUCUAAAAAAUCUUAAUUCGCAAAAAUUGGAAGCAAAUAUUAAUUUAAUUUAAAAAAUUUAUGUUUCAAAACGCAAUUUGUUUAAAUUAAACAGAAUUAGUUCGAGAUUUCGUUAUAAUAAUUAUCACUUAUAUAUAAAAUUUUUUUUUCUAUAAACAAUUUUUCUAUUAAAAAAGUUUUUGUUCACUCACGGAGGGUGGGUUUUUGGGCAAAAAAUAGAGAUUUUCUAACUCCCCCCCUUUAAAUUGGAACUAAAAAUUUUGUUCCAAUUUAAAGGGGGGGUUAAUUUUUUUUUUUUUAAAAAAAUUAUCCAUAUAAAAUGUUUAUAAAAAAAAAAAAAAUUUAUAUAAAAUUUUUAAAAAAAGAAUUUAUCGAAUUAGAUCAAUAAGUUUGUUUGAUGAAAUGCUAUUUACUCUUUAUCCUUUAAAACAAAGCAAGAUAUAACUAAAAUUUUUAUUAUUAGUUAAUACGCCACUAUUAAUUGGUAUCAAAUUAUUUACACAAAAAUUAUUAUUUUAUUGAUAAAAAAAAAUUAAAAAAAAAAAAAAAAUUUAGAAAAUUUAUCGAUCAAAGUGCUAAUUUUGUUUAAAUAAGAUGUUAUUUAUGCUUUAUUCUUUAAAUUAAAGCAAUAAAUAAGUAAAUUUUAAAAUUUUAUAAGGAAUUCGCAUUGAAUUUAUAUCAAAACUAUUUAAAUAAAAAAUAUCAUUUUUAUCAAAAAAAAUAAAAAUUUUUUGAAAAAAAUUUUAAAAAAAAAAAAUUUAAUUUUUUUUUUAAAUUUAACAAUUAAGGAUAAUAAAUUUAUUUAAAUAAGAUGCUUUUUAUACUAUCUUCUUUAAAGAAGAGAAGAUAUAACUAAAUUUUGAAUUUUAGUUAAUAAGAAACAUUUAACUUAUAUCAAAACUUUUUAGAUAAAAAUUAUAUAUAAUUUUUUAUUAUAAAAUUAAAUUUUGUUCCAAUUUAAAGGGGGGGUAAUUCACCAAAAAAGUGGAAAUUUUACCUAUAUUUUGUUCCAAUUUAAAGGGGGGGUGGAGUAAUGGUUUUGUUCGCUUACGGAGGGGGAAGUCAGCAAAUGCGGAAGCCUAGAUAAAAUAAAUAGUUCAGAGGCUACAGACUUCGAACAAGAAAAGCGAGAAAUCGAACAAGUAAGAUUUACACUGGCACAGAAGCAAAAAAUUCUUGAAGAUUCUUAUAAAAAGGUCCAAGAAGAAAGAGCAAUUUUAGAAAAAGAAAAAAAAGAUUUUGAAGAAAAAGUGUCGUGUUUUGAUAAAGGAAAAUCAGAAAUAAAAAAAACCAUUCCCAAAAUGACGCCGAAUAUUCCAAAAAGCCCUUUGAGAUUUCGAGCUUUAAACCAGUCAGCAGGAAAAUUGGUAUUUUAA